AUGGGGCCUUCUCAGCUUGUCCGUGCUCCUCGGCCCCGGGGCUUAAGUUCCCCCUACCACAGGCCAGGUGUGGGCUGGCCUCGGCCCCGGUUUCCCAGGAUGUUCAAGUGUAGCCGCAGAAGGUACCGGCAGAAAAUCCGAGGCCCAGCUGCCCCCACUACAGCCACCACUGCAGCCACCACUGCAGCCACCAUGGCCAGGGAUAGCAACAGCAGUCACACUGUCACCAUCGUUGUGUGGAUCCUUCCACUGUAA